AUGCCUCGAGCCAUCAUAGGUCGAUCUUGCCACCUGUGCCUCCACCAAUACCUCUCAAUCGCCUCUGUUGAUGCUAUCCGAAUGGGGUGUGAGCAGAAGGAGGGGUACUUAUUUGGCUUAUGUUGGUUUAGCAUUUCUUCGAUUAUUUGUUUGAUUUUUGGAUUGGAUUUAUUAUGGGUUUGGAUGGCUGGUGGGGAUGCUAUGAGAGUUGUUGAGAGAGAUGAUUACAUUCAUGGAGUCAAAGGAGAAACCAAAGGAGGUGGAGAGGUAUUUGGAUCCUCAGCUAUGGCAUGUGUGCAGAUGGUCUAUGCCAAGCUCAGGCUUGUUCCUUUGAGCCUCAAUGAUGUUGAUUAUAGUCGUGAUGUUCUUGGACCUGAAACUCAGGACAAGCCUGCUUCAUUUGCAAGAACCUUGACCCAAUGGGUUUUCUGUUCCAAAAUUGGAGUGCUUAAGGAUACAAGAAAUCGUACCCUGCAUGGAAUUUACGUGUGCAAAGUUGCUUCAGGGGUCACCGAGCUCGUUAUUAUGUGUGCAAAUCCUACUGGAGGAAAUUGUCAUAUGCCCUAUGGAGGAUUUUCACCUUUUCUGAAGGAGGAUGACAACAAAAUCCUUAGAAAUGGUAAUAGCAAUGGGUUGAACCCAAGUGUGAGCAUGAUGGGCAGGGGCAAAGUGAGACCAGAAUUUUGUGUGAAGGCCCCACAAGUUGAAGCAGCACUGCAGACUAGGUGGUCUUCUGGAAUAAGGUUCAAGAUGACCUAA